AUGCGGGAUGGUGGAGAGGCCGAACGAGGAUUAGACAGGCCAAAUACGGCUAGGCUACCACUAAGCCCCUUUGAGGUGGAGACGCCGCGCUUCUUGGUCUGCGACUCAACUUCGAAAUUUCAACUCCUGGCCCAAAGGAAACGUUCCAUCAUCACAACACACUUCCCCACGCCAUCGCUUGAUGAACGCUCGCACGUCUUGGUUCGCGACGGGACUUGGUUUCAGAGCGCUCUCACGACCGACCCGUCGCUCUUCUUUGGCAUCGCGUCCGACUUUCUCUUCUGCACCACGCGACUUCUGAUGCCUCUCACCACCUCUGCGUCGCCUCGUCCAUCCACACUCACAAAGAUGGAGGACAGGAAGCGGCCUGCCAUCAGCAGUGCCGAUGAUAUCGCUCCUCCCAGCAAGAGAGUUGCUGUCAAUGGUUCCAAGGCUAAAGAUGACCCCCUUGAUACAAAGGAGGAAAGCUGGGUUGAGGCCUACACAAAGGGCGCUAUAUACCGACAAAUGCAAGAGUACAGUCGCAAGGCUGCAACAUACGAAUCACGUCUCGAAGAACUUCACAAGCGAUCGGUCCACCACGAUGAUCACCUAAGGAUUAUUGAUGCUUGGUGGCGACAGGUCCUUGAAGAGAUGGAACUUCUGACAGAAUCGGACGUCACCUCGUCAAACCCUCCAGAACCCCCGUAUCUGAGUGGUGUGAGUUUCAAAGAUCUUCAUGAUUUUCAAAAGCAUCUGUCAGAAAAGGGCAAAGCGAUCAAAUCGAGAGCUGAAGCGCUGCUUACACGUCUAGCUUCUUCACGAGGCAAAAUCGACCCAGACGCUUCCAAGUUGGAGAACAAGGUCGCGAGUCUCUUGGUCACCCAGAAGGAGUAUUUGCUCAAACUGGACCGAUUGAAAAGCGAGAAGGACCAACUCUCCGAACAACUCAACGCCGCUACUUUACGCUAUUUUAAAGCCGAGAAGAAAUUGGACCGUGCCAAGAGUUCCCAAGUCCAGAAGCUGGAGCAACAAGCAUUCGCCAAUGCCACUCGACCUUCGGCGUCUGGUGAUGCGAGUGCAGAAGCUGGCGAGACUAACGGAAAUGCGAGCGAGUUGCUGCUCAAGUACGAAGAAGCAACUGCAGCUGCUACCAAGCAAAAGGAACAGCUCGAUGUGAUUCUGGCCGAGAUCAAGACCCUUCAGGACGAAAACUCGACACUCAAAGCGAAGAGAGAUUCACUGACCGACGAAGAUUUCAUUCGCACCGAUGUUUUCAAACAAUUCAAGAACCAGAACGAAGAUCUCAUUAAGCGUAUCAACAUGCUUGAAGCGACAAACAAGCAGUUGCGAGAAGAAGCCGAAAGAUUACAGGCAGAACGAACGAUAUUCAGAUGUUCGCUCGAGGCCGAUGCGAAUCAAGUGACACAGGAGUUGGAAGCUGAGAUCAUAUCUAGGGAUCAAGACCUUGCCCGAGUGCGAUCAGCUCGAGACGAGCUGUUGGCCGAAACUACACAACACAAAGCCAGAUUCGAACAAGAGCGAGCCUCGAUUGAACAGGCGAAGGCUUUGGCAUCUGCAAAGGAGGACAGAAUCACAGCCCUCGAGUCGCAGCUCGCACGUCUUCAGUCGGACGAAGAUCAACAAGCUGUUGAGCCGGAUAUCGAAGCGUUGACGAUUGACGAGCUCCGUCUCAAGUACAUGAAGCUGCAGCAAGAUUUCAAUUCUAUCAACAUGGAACUACCGGCUAUAGAGAAGGCAUACAAGAAGAUGAAGGAACUUGCCCAGAAGAAAGCAUUGGAUUUCAGCGCCACAGAAGAGCGCAUGUCAAUCCUGAUUGCCGAGAAGAGCAAGGCCGACCAGAAAUACUUCGCCGCCCGAAAGGAUGCUGAUACACGAAACAACGAGAUACGAUCACUGCGACACCAGAACAGCAAGAGCUCGGAGAUUAUUGCGCAACUCAAGGACCUGGAGUCGCAGAACCGCACACUGCUGAGCAACUUGGAGAAGCAGCUUACGGAUCUGAAACAAGCUAAUGCCAACUUGAUGCUGGAGAACAAGAAGAUGGAAACGACGAGUCUCGAUGCCCUCCGCCGCACUGAAUCACUGAACAAACAAGUCAGUGAUUUGACGAAUCUGGUCAAGUCCAAGGACGCAGCGUCUGCCGUCGUUCGUGAGCGCAACACAAUGCAAGAAACCGAGGUGGAGAAGAUGAAGGUCCGCCUUGAACAUGCACAGAAAGAUCGCGACACCUGGAAGAACAAAGCGUUAAGCAACUCUUCGGAGGAAGAGGAGAUGCUUCGAACCUUCGCUUUAUGCACGAUCUGUCGCAACAAUUUCAAGAACACAGCUUUGAAGACGUGCGGCCACUUGUUUUGCAAUCAAUGUGUUGAUGAUCGCAUCAGCAAUCGUAUGCGCAAAUGCCCUACGUGUUCUCGUGCAUUUGAUAAGAUGGACGUUAUGCCCGUGCAUCAUUGA